AUGAGUGGGAAACUUGCGGAAGAAUUCGCAGCGUUUCAAGUUGCAGAAAAGGGGCAGUUGGCCCGGCUGCAGUGCCUGAGUACUCAACUUCAAGACUUGGUUGGCCGGUAUGAUGACGCGGUCCGUGAUCUUGAGGUUGAAAAGACUGCGAGGCGUUCUUCCCAACAGGACGCAGAAAAGUCGCGCGCCAAAUAUGAAGCAUUACAACAAUCCAUGGAGCACAGUUCAUUUGUUCUAGUUUUAAUCGACGCCGAUGCCGAUUCAUAUAUUUUUCAGUUCAAAGACAAGUACUACGCCGCCGGCGACGGUGGUAAAAAGGCGUCCCUUGAUUUGCGCGAUGGAGUUCGCAGCUUUCUUCAAGUAAACAAGCCAGAAGAGGCCAAUUACCCCAUUUUCAUCAAGGCAUAUGCCAAUGAGCAUGGCUUGUCCCAGUUUCUCGUUGCAUCUGGCAUUAUUAAAGCGCCCCGCGAUCUCGUGGAGUUCGCAAAGGACUUCACGCAGGCAUCCGAGAAUACCGACUUUGUGCUAGUUGGAAGUGGCAAGGAUCGGGCAGAUAAGAAGAUUCAAGGUAAGCGCAACAUCUCCUUUCACUUCUUUGCAACUAGCUUGGCUCACGCAAGGGCAGGUUCUUUCAAGCAAUUUGUCCGAAACCCUACUUGCCGUCAUAUCAUCUUUGGGGCUUGUCAUGAUAAUUCUUAUGUGCGACUGUUAGAGGAUUAUGUCCACGACGAUUCCGUGGUUGAUCGAGUUACUCUUCUUCAUGGUUUUAGCGUUGGGCGAGAAUUCCGUGAUCUGCGAUUUAAAUGUUUCAAGAUGGAAGAUGUUUUCAAAGUCGCGCCGGCGCAGAACCUUGCAGUAACGCCACAGCCACUGGCAUCCGUUUCGACGUCUUCGACCUGGGCGUCUACAGUAGGGUCAAAGGGGGAUGCAAGCUCUAAAAAGUCUAAAGCAGCCAAAACAGUGCGGUUGAACUCUGCCGGACACAGAAUCGAUGACCCUCUUCGAACACCCAAUCAACAAGCUUUAGACAGCUGGAAACACAAGGUUGGCAAGGUCGGCAUGCGAUAUUGUCGGUUGCACCACCUGUCUGGGUCGUGCUCAAACGCUUCCUGUAAGUAUUCCCAUGGUCCAUUAUCGGAGGAGGAAAAGUUGGUUUUUCGACGGGAAGUCCGGAUGGGAGUGUGUAAUGCUGGCUUACAGUGUCGUGAUGUUGCUUGCCUAUACGGUCACAAUUGUUCAUGCAGCAAGACUACAUGCAAGUUCUCCCUAGAAAUGCAUAAAGUUGAUGUUUCUGAGGCUUAA